AUGGAAGGGCAGGAAGUGUUGGGUGUGGAGAAUCCAGUGAGGGGAGAAGCUUACUCUGAGUGGUUCCAAAGCAGAUUUAAAGGGUUUGAUUGCUUCCUGGGCACGUCCUUAAAAGGUUUGGAAAAUCAAGCAACCACCUUUUUAUUGGCUGUUGAGUUUGAAUUACACCGUAGGGCUGCUUCGGAAAAAAAAUCACGCGAUUUGAAGAGUUCUGGAAUGAAAGGAUUGAAUGAGGCUGGGAAGAGACUUCAGAUUCGUAAUUUGUUGCGUGCAUGGAGACCUGAUAUUGUCUAUUUGCAGGAGACUAAACUUGAAUGGAUUACUAGAGGAGUAGUCAAAAGUAUAUGGAGUUGUCCAUAUGUCAACUGGUUGUACUUGGGUUCAGAAGGUGCUUCUGGAGGUAUUGUAUUGAUGUGGGAUCGGAGGGCAAUGGAAAAGGUGGAAGAAGCAGUAGGGCGCUUUUCUGUUUCAUGCAGAUUUAAAAACAUAGGCGAUCAAUUUGCGUGGGCUUUUAUAGGUUUAUAUGGGCCAAAUUCGAACAAGAGGCGUAGGAAGAUGUGGGAGGAACUGAUAGGGCUGAUUAGUUGGUGGGAUGUGCCAUGGUGCCUAGGAGGUGACUUUAAUAUAAUUCGCUUCCCAUCGGAAAGAUUAGGGGCUACAACUAGUACUCGGGCUAUGUAUGAAUUUUCGGAUUUUAUCUCUCUUUAUGGGCUGAUGGAUAUACUUAUGGAAGGAGGCCUUUAUACUUGGUCCAACAAUUCCUCUGCCUCUAGAAUAGAUCGGUUUCUUUUCUCUUCGCUUUUGGCGGAUCAUUUCACUUUAUUUGCACAGAGAAGGUUGCCUAAGGCAUCCUAUGUGUUCCAAGGCAAGCCGAGUUUUAUACUAGCUAAGAAGUUGGCAGCCUUGAAGUUGGACAUAAAAAAAUGGAACGAAAUAAAGUUUGGCAAUGUCACUUUAAAGAAACAGCUGUUAUGGAAAAAAUUGAAUGACUUGGAUGUUAGAGAGGAGACUCAACCUUUAAUAGUUGAGGAGAAGUUAGAACAAGUUAAUCUCUGUACCAAGAUUGAAAAGCUUACUCUUUUAGAAGAAAUUAGUUGGAGGCAGAAGUCUAGGAUGCUACACUUGAGGGAGGGGGACGCAAGUACAAAUUUUUUUCAUAGAAUGGCUAAUUCCAAUAGAAGAAAUAAUGGUAUUGAGAGCCUUAUGGUUAAUGGAACCUUGUCUUUUGAUCAAGGUAUGAUUGCUGAUUGUAUUACUCAAAUCUUUAUGAAUUUAUACUCGGAGCAGCAAGUAGUUCGACCUUUUCCAGAAGUCUUGGUAUUUCCUAGGAUAUCCGGUGAUAAUGCUGAUUGGUUAGAUAGACCCUUUGAGGAGGCAGAAAUUUUUGAUGUCAUACAGAAUUUUAAUGGUGACAAAGCACCUGGACCUGAUGGGUUUCCAAUGGCCUUCUUCGGCCUUCUUCCAAGCAUGUUGGGGUAUUCUCAAAACUGA